AUGCCAGGAACAACAGCAUCACCCACUAGAGCAGAUCCUCCCCGCCGCCCUGCCACAGAGACUAUGAGAAUUUCGGCGCCUGUCAUCAUCUGCAUUAUCCUGGGGGCCCUUCUCUGCCUGGUCCUUGCCAUUCUUGCUGGACAGAUCCGAAGUGCCAGGGCACAGCAGAGAGGUUCCAGACUACCCUAUGACCCCUUCGCUGAGGCUCUCUAUGAAGAGAUCGACUAUAACCUGAUGAGGGAAAAGCAGGGCAUGACUGGCCUCUCAGAUUCUUAUUCAGAGAGUUCAAAAACAAAGGCACAGUUUUAUAGCGGGGACAAUGAUGAAGAAAAUAGUCCUGGAGCAACUCAAGUGUCCCCUUACUCCGGGCUGGGGUUGCAGGUGCUCUGCCGGUACCAGCACAUCUGGAACAUUGAUCUGCGCUUUCGUCCAGCUUUCCUUGGUGGCAUAAUGCAAGCAACUGGUAACAAGCCCCCAGCAAUGUUGCCAAAGCGUGCAGAAUACAUGCUGAAGGAUAUAAAAAGGAUGGCAAAAUACUACCAAGUGCCUGUACGAAUUUCAGAAGAUGAUUUCCAACGGGUCCUUGGUACAGGCACUCUUGGGGCCAUGCGCUUUAUCACAGCCACUGAUAUGACACAACCACAAUACUUGGAACCCUUAUCUAGGGAGUUCUGGAUACAUUUUUGGUCACAGCAUGAAGAUAUCAGUCAACCGGAGAAUAUAUUGGCUGUUGCCAGACAGGCUGGGCUAUCAUCAGAGCUUGCCCAGAAGCUACUUGAAAUGAUUUCAUCCCCUGCAGUGAAGAACCGACUGAGAGAGACAACAGAGGAAGCAAUAAAAUAUGGGGCAUUUGGGAUGCCUGCUGUUGUGGCACAUUUUAAUGCAGAACCUCAUCUCUUCUUUGGCUCUGAUCGUUUAGAGCUGCUAGGCAGUGUUAUAGGUGAAAAAUGGCUGGGACCAGUUCCAAGCCCCAAGAUGUGAGAAGUCCCGGGGAAAUACAUAAGAGUGAAAAUAUAUAUGUACGUGGUCAAUCUUCAGUGAUGAUCUGAAUGUAUCCAAUUUUAUGGAGAGAUGGCUUUCUUGUCUUUAACAGCUAACUUUGCAGCUCAGUCUCAUCUCUAAUUACGAAGAAGUUCAAGGUUUGCCAGUAUUACCAGUCCGGUGAGGCCUUUACUAAUACAAAUGUGCUUCUUCUCUUUCAACAGAUUGAUGAUUAACAUUAAAGAUUAAACAUUAAAUAUUUAACUUCUUGCAGACUAAACAUUCUUUUUUCCUGA